AUGGCGGCCUUCCCCGAUCAAAAUACUGCCAACAGCAACACCCACAACACAACUGAAGAAGAUUUCGACAUCGACAGCUUUCUGGACCUGCUUGAUUUGGAGCAUGGCACUGACAAUACUGUUGGUGGUUCGGAUGUCCAAGUUUCGCCCAUGACGACAACGACUAUGCAGCAGGUCAGUGAAGAUCAUCAGCACUACCUCUGCGACAGCGGUGGCAUGUUUGAGCACAGUAUCCAUUCUCUUGAAGUUACUGCUCCGCCGCAUGUACCCACUUCCCAACUCCUUCAUCUGCCCCAGAACAGUAAUUACUUUGGCGUCGAAGAUUUAAUUAUGGGCGGUGCGUUAAACGCACCAACCACGGACACAACGGACACAACGGACACAACGGACACAACACAGCAACAUCCAGGCCCGGCAGAAGCUGAUGAUUCCGAUCCCGAUGUAGAAGAUGACUCUGACACUGAGAGCGAUUACGAGUCGAAGCAGAGGAAGAAUACGGACCUCGUCACGCCAGAGAGGAAAGUUGGGCCAUUGAUUACUACUGCUUCAGGCCACAAACGAGGUCCUCUCAAUGGUGGCUGCUUCUUUCCAAACCAGCGCCCCCUUCCCGACCUAAUCCCAGAGUUCCGCCCAAAACCAUACACUGGUCCCGCUGCGGCUGUUAAAGGCCAUCAAGCCGCGAUAAACACCCAGGGGAAGAAAGUCAUCUAUAAAGUCUACACCACGAUACCAGAGGUAUUCCCACAGUUCCUGCACCGACAAGGCUUCGUAUACGACACCCGUGGUCGCCUAGCACCGGGCGUCCUCUUCGAUCGGGACAACUUCGCCCGUUUCGUCAAACACCACCCUCUGGGUAAGAACUUGUGGUUCCGUCUUGAGAAAUAUCCAGCAAACUGCAAGGGCUUUGGAAUCUUCACGUGCGAUCACUCAACCUACAAUCUUUGUCGUGCCCGGGAUUGUAGAAGCAAAGAGAAGGGCCCCCGAGGAUUCCACGACGGCACCAUCCGUGUCGCGAUCGAGGAGGUUCUGGGGAGACUCCCGCGUGGAGAUCGGUUCGAUAAUAAUCCUUACUUUUGCGCUGGUUACCUCCAUAUCGACUGCCUGGAGAACCUCAUGGAUAUAGGUCAGCUCAUUCGUGCCGGAAUGCUGAGGCCCAAGCCCAGGGAGUUUCAUCCGAAGGAGCCUAAUACCAGUAAGACGGAGCCCCAGGUAAUUUGCCCUCCCGCAAAGCUGGUCACCUGCUUUGAGGAAUUCUGCAAGCGAGUCUUGCAGUUGCAGUGGGAUGGAUACCUUCAUAACCUGGCGGACCGGCUGCAGACUUACGUUUGGCUGAGCGUGCAGAAGAAGGGGAAGAUGACCAUAUAUGAUGCACCGUCAGAUAUGAGAAAAGAGGACGCAAUAGAGUUACUAAAGAGGAGACCCGUGGAUCCCAACUGGGGAGGCGGACGCCGUCCUGGCCUCGCGAUGAAAACCGUCAAGAAGGCCGAGGCUGCCGGAAAGAGGGGUGAGCUGGUCGGUCCGGGCACUGGCCGUAACUCAGAAAGGGCAGUAAAAACGGCCGAAAAGAUAAUGUAUGAGAUCGAAGAGAAUAUUCCGGAUUCUGCCUUUGAGAACGGCGAGUGCUGGUUGAAGGACUGUUACAUUCCGAUAGCGAAUCCGGAGCUUUACCAGGCGGACACUCUCGAGACCUCGCCAGCCCCAUUACCGACGAAGCUCCAACCACGAAAGAAGUCGACAUCGAGCAAGAAAUCGACACAAUCGCCGGCAGGAAUCUCAAAGCCCAUUGCUAAACCAUCAUCCCGCCGCAAGCGCCCAUUCACUCUAGACCUUUACAAAGGCUUUAGGAACGACAGCGACCUCACACUGGCCGAUGGUUCGACUCAUUUUUACGCCUCAGACGGUACAGCAUUAACACUCAAGCGACCAAUUUCCUCGGGCACAAAACGACUAUCACUCAAUAGUGCGUCACUCAAUACUGCAUCACUCGAACAACCCACCGCGCAAAUGGACUUCCUAAGCCCGCACUCGCAGUUCAUGGACUUCUCAACCCCACAACUCUACUACCCUCCCGUACCCUUUCUUUCAUCCUCAAGCCAGCAGCUGCAUUACCCACCGAUCAAGAGCCCCAUGGUAACGGAAUUCCCGAUAGCGCAGCUGCAGCCCCACCACAACACUUCACCCCUCAGCUACCAAUCCCCGCAGAUUUUCGACUUUGUUCCGGAAGCGGACCACCUCACACAAGAGCAGAGCUGGGGGAACACUAUUGAUCCCCAACUAUUAGGUCUUAACGCUGGAGGUGGAGGGGACACAUCUGAUUUCAUGUCUGCAAUGGCUGAAGCAGAGAUGUCUCUACAAAUAAAGCAUGAGGAUGAUGACGUUAUGUCCUAG